AUGUACCGCUAUUUCUCUGGCAAGCCGGUGCUGAGCGACGCACUGCCAUCGUAUUCGGGCGAGUAUGCCGUCGGGACCGUCGACAUCGAGGUGCCGGCCGAGCACCCGCGCCGAUUCAGCGAUGCCGUACUGAAAGAAACCGGCCGGCCGGCUUUUGAGAUGGAGACGGUCAUGUUCUCACUAUUCUACCCGUCGGUUCGGGGCGCGAAGUCGGCCAAGCCGAAGCACAUGUGGAUCCCCGAGUCCAACAAGCUCUUCGGCGAGGGCUACGCGCGCUUCGCGGGCUUCAGCAACUCCUUUACGAACAAACUCUUCGAGAGCGGCCUGUGGACACUCGUAGGAUCGACCACGAUUCCGGCGGAGGUGGAUGUUCCCCUGGAGGGAGCAACGGGUACCGGUGCCCAUAGCGAGAUCAAAGAGCAAGCAGUCAUGGACACACAUCAGGAGCAUCAGUUCCCGGUGAUAGUGUUCUCGCAUGGCAUGGCGUCAGGACGAACGAGCUACACACACUACCUUGCCGAGCUGGCUUCGCGGGGAUAUAUUGUAGCAGCUGUGGAGCACAGAGAUGGCAGUGGCCCAGGGUCGAUCGUCAUGAGAGCAGACGGGUCCUCGAAACAGGUCUUCCACGCACCCCGCGAGUCUCUUGAGCCGAUGCUCGAGGUAGAGGAGCUGAAGACAGUUCAGCUGGCCCUGCGGCAGGCCGAGGUGGAGGAAACCGUCACCGUUCUUCGUGCACUGCAGAACGGCCGUGGACAGGGAAUUUACCAAGCCAAUACCCGCAAGGAGGGCAUUGGACUAGGCGACUGGCACGGCCGGCUCGACAUUGAGCGAUUCAUCAUGGCAGGUCAUUCCUACGGUGCCACGCUGGCGAUGCAAGCAUUGAAAGAUGCUCCUAACGACGCCCGGCCUUUCGUCGCCGGAAUUGCGCUGGAUCCUGGGAAGUCGUCUGGGCGGCUGAACGAUGAUAUAGACGUUCCUCUCCUUGUGAUCCACUCGCAGUCCUGGUCGGCCAAGCACUCCAUCUUCUACGAUCGGACGCAUUUUGACACGGUCAAGAGUGCGGUACAGGAUAUCAUCACCAAGCGGAAGAAGGCCGCCUGGUUCAUAACCGCGAAGGGCACGACACACCCAACCGUAACGGACGCGCCGCUUAUCGAGCCCACACUGCUGUCCUGGACUACGGGCGCGACCGUGGGUGCCAAGGAGGGCAUCAUGCACUACGUCGAUGCGUCAAGGGACUUCCUGUCGUACAUGAUGGACGGGCAGAAGAGGGGUAUCCUGGAGGAGCCUGUCAGCCAUCCCGAGUAUAAUAAUCAGAUCCGCCCGCUGCCGAAGGAGUUCAGCAAGAUCUGGCAGGUGCAUGUUUCACCAGCAUCCUAA